AUGAGUGAAGAAAGUCAGAAUGCAGCUCGUGAGAAAGGCCCGGUUCCUCGCCUGAAUGAAAGGAUUCUCUCAUCCUUGUCGAGGAGAUCGGUGGCGGCACAUCCUUGGCACGACCUCGAAAUAGGUAGGGACAUCACUAAACCAUAACGGCUUCAAAGCACGACAGAAGCUAAUUCUUACACUUUUGUUGACUUUGUAUGCGACUUUGCAUGCAGGCCCUGGAGCGCCGUCUGUGUUCAACUGUGUAAGUGGGAUGAAACACAUUUGAUUCUUUCAUUUGAUAAUCCUAGCAGUUGACUUUGAUUCACAAACUUGCCUUUUUUGUGAUCAUUUCACAUCAUGUGACCAUUUGAUUCUGGUCCCCUAGUUUCUGUAAAUUCUGGACUGACCCUCAGGGUGCGUGCUUCUCACGCUCUAUCUAAACUGAUCUUUCAUUAUACACGACUUGGUUUUUUUCUGUGAAAACGACUCCAAGAUUGAGUGUGCUCCCAAUACUAGAGACUAUAUCGUUAUUGAUUCGGUGGAUGCCAUCGUGCUUUGAAGAUUGCAUAAAUUUUUUCGGGUCUCUCCGUCUGCUUAUUCGACGUUCUGUCAAUCUGUAAUAGGUGGUGGAGAUAACAAAAGGAAGUAAAGUAAAGUAUGAACUCGACAAGAAAACAGGCUUGAUCAAGGUGCACCACUGAUCCAUAGCUAUGUAAAGUCCACGAAGGAUUCUUUCUUUCUGAUGUUUGACCAAUUCAGGUUGAUCGGAUCCUGUAUUCAUCUGUCGUUUACCCCCACAACUACGGUUUUAUUCCUCGAACCCUCUGCGAAGACAACGAUCCCAUGGAUGUUUUGAUCCUCAUGCAGGUACUGAGAUCAAUACCCUCUUCCGACCGAUUGCAGUUUCUUUGUCGGUUUAUUUGCUAAUCUGCGCUGCUUGCACUGCGAGCAGGAACCGGUUCUCCCUGGUUGCUUUCUGCGGGCCCGCGCCAUCGGACUCAUGCCAAUGAUUGACCAGGUUGACCAUCCCUCGCUGCGAGGCAAAUCUCCAGAUUUUUCGGAGACCCACCCACGAUUUCUCACAAGCGACCAUCUAAAUAAAUCAGGGGGAGAAGGACGACAAGAUCAUCGCUGUCUGCGCCGACGAUCCAGAGUACCGCCACUACAACGACAUCCAAGAGCUCCCUCCUCACCGCCUCGCCGAGAUCCGCCGGUUCUUCGAAGACUGUAUGCUCCUCUCUCUCUCUCUCUCUCGCUCUCAUAUCAUUUCAUCUGAGCACCAUGAUCAUCGCAGACAAGAAGAACGAGAAUAAGGAGGUCGCGGUCAACGACUUCCUGCCGGCAAGCACCGCUCACAGUGCCAUCCAGUACUCCAUGUAAGCACUCCAUGAUUGGGCAUCAUUAUACGCGAUUAAUUCUUAUUAUUUCUCGAAAAUGGACCAAGGAAAAAGAAUAUAUGCGGGUCGAAUCGGAGAUCUCUGCCGGUUCAUAAUUUUUUGCUUUGAUGUGGGCUGCCCGCAGGGACCUCUACGCGCAGUAUAUUCUGCAGAGCCUCCGGCGGUAG